GGCCUCUCUCUCUCUCUCCCUCUCGCUCUCUCUCUAAAGAGAGCAUCUUGGAAGCAAGGAAGGAACCUCCCCCAGCCUUGCGAUCCAUUAACAAUGGGUGUUAGCUUUAGAUAUGCUUCCUCCGUCCUCCUCAGCCCAGAGGACAGCAAUGGCAUCCUGGGAUUGGGUGACACAGAAGGGCAGGACUUCCAUGGAGAAGCUGCAAGGCGCGACCUUUGGCGAUUUCCUGACACGAGGAGUGGUAUUUAUGCGGGCAUUUCGGUGGAUUUUACCUUGCAGUCGGAGGACUGCGUUGCGUUGAUGGUGGAGAGGGAGUCGCAGCAUCUCCCACAGGGAGACUAUGUUAAGAGGUUGCUGAGGGGGCAGUUGGACCUGGCUAUCAGAAGUGAUGCCAUUGACUGGAUUCAAAAGGUUCAUGCACAUCACAGAUUUGGGCCUCUGAGUGCCUAUUUAUCUGUGAAUUACUUGGAUCGGUUUCUCUCCUCCUACGAACACUCGCAAGGUAAGGCUUGGAUGACACAGUUGCUAUCAGUGGCCUGCUUAUCUCUUGCUGCCAAGGCGGAUGAAACAGAAGUCCUUUCAUCUCUGGAUUUACAGAUAGGUGAAGCGAGGUAUGUGUUUGAGGCCAGGACUGUACAGAGAAUGGAGCUUCUGGUGCUCAGCACACUCAAGUGGAGGAUGCAAGUUGUGACACCUUUCUCAUUCAUCGAUUACUUUCUGUACAAGUUCAGUGAUGGAAUUGUGCCAGAUAGCUCAUUAGUUUCUAGAUCUGUGGGGCUCAUUUUGGGCACUGUUAGAGAGAUUGAUUUCCUUGAGUUUAGACCUUCUGAGAUUGCUGCAGCAGUGGCACUGACUGCCUUGAAGAAGACCCAAGUUCUGGAGGUUGGCAAAGCUGUAACUUGCUGCAAUCAUGUAGAUAUGGAAAGAGUCUUGAGGUGCAAUGAAGUGAUUCAAGAGAUGACAUUGAUGAAGAACAGGAGAUAUAAGAAAGGUGGUUCAUCAGUUUCUACUGCGCCAAAGAGCCCGAUAGGUGUGCUGGAUGCUGCAUGUGUGAGCUACGAGAGUGAUGACAUAACAGUUGGGUCACACGCAAACUGUCAUCCUUCCUCUCCAGCUGCCAAGAGGAGGAAACUAAACAGAUCAUCAUCUUCAUGAGAAGAUGAGGACCUUGUUUCCAACUCAUUUUGAUUUGUUUGCGAAAGCUUUGUUGUAUUGACUGGAAAUUAACAGAGAAGAAAGUUGGAAU